GAGUGACCAGAGACAUCCAACCAGAUCUCAAAGCAACCAACUAUUGAAACUCAACCUGAAGCAAGGAGGAGGCGUUAAGAACAACGGGCCCACCCGUGGUAUCAGCCAAUCAGAAGGAGGUGAACUGGAAAAUUGAGUCUAGAUGAGCAGUGAAAGAAAAAACCAAUGUAGGUUCUUUGGUCGAAGGGAAGCACAAAUUCAUCAAAACGAAGCCAGCACUUUAGGGCCUAAAAAACACAAGCCCAAUACCUUCUCAAAAUUACACUAUUACAGUAUGACGCCUCAUCUCAUAGAAAUGAACAUGUUCACCCUUAUCCGGAAACAAGAGAGGAAAACGGAAAAGAAAAAGAAACGGGGAAAAAGGGAUAAGAAUAAGAUUAACCGUUACUCGGCAAUGGCUGCGGUUGUUCCAACUGUGGUAGUUGCGUCCAAUUCAGGCGGAAGCGCAUUUUUGCACCCUCUCAGGCACACAUUCGCCGCUACCAGUUCAUUCCUUCGGUCGAGUUGGAAACAUUCAGAUACGAGUUUCCACUCCUUACAGCUGAACUCGAGGAGGAGGUUCGCUGUGCCGGCCAGGAAGUUCGUGGUGCGAGCUGCGAGAAUGGAAUCAAAACGCGCUUCUUUAGGCUCCAAAGCUCCUGCCUUUGAGCUGCCAGAGCCUCUCACCGGGAAAACAUGGAAACUUGAAGAUUUCGAGUCAUACCCUGGUUUGCUGGUUAUGUUCAUAUGCAACCACUGUCCCUUUGUUAAGCAUUUGAAGAAGGAUAUAGUGAAACUUUCAAAUUUCUAUAUGAAGAAAGGACUUGCUGUCGUUGCAAUUUCUUCGAAUUCUCUAGCUACACACCCACAGGAUGGACCUGAAUCCAUGGCCGAGGAUGCUAAAUUGUUUGACUAUCCAUUUCCAUAUUUGUUUGAUGAGUCACAAGAGGUUGCACGGGAUUUCAGAGCAGUCUGUACGCCAGAGUUUUUCCUGUACAAAAAGGAUGGGAGGAGACCAUUUGAGCUGGUUUAUCAUGGCCAAUUUGAUGAUUCCAGGCCCAACAGUAACGUGCCUGUAACUGGAAGGGACUUAAGCAGAGCGAUAGAUUGCGUCCUAAGUGGGCAGCCAGUUCCGUCUGUUCAGAAACCAAGUAUUGGGUGCAGCAUAAAGUGGCAUCCUGGGAAGGACCUGUAGUGUUGCUGGGAAAUAAUGAUCGAUACAGUAGCCGAAGAUUUCAUUCUAGGUACAUUAUUGUCAUGUAUGAAUUGAACUCCUCGUCAAUUCCAGAACUUCCAUGAGAUCACGACGGACGAAUGUUGUCAUGUCGCGGCUGCAAUCGAUCAAGUUAGGCGCAAACUCAUGUACACAAAUGCAAGGUUGCGGUCAGAUGUCUGCAAAUUUGUGCACCACAGAAGUGUCUUCCACAUUCUUAAGGCUCGUGUCCCUUUCCAUAUUUGUCUUUAUCAAGAGGCAGCAUGCGUUUGCUGAAGGUGUUUGCUUGGAUAACUUUCGGUUUAGCUUUUAGUAGCAUGCAAGAAUUUAGUUUGUGGCUGGAAAUGACAGAUCAGGUGGACACUGCUAGAAAUUUUGCAUGCUUGUUUGUUCAUUGUGACUAGCCCUCUAAUUCUGUCAACUCCCCCAGUUACGUCUUGCUGCCCCCUUUGGUCCCCAUCCUCAAGCUUUCACAUAUAUGCAGUAGGAAGGUAGCUACCAGCCUACCACCAUUACCAGAAAUGGGAAAGACCAACCCAGUCGACAUUUGGACGGUUGAGAAGGCACACUUGCCAUAUGGAAAAGAUAAUGUGUGACCACUUCACUAUCUCAAACCUUACUAGUGCUGUUUGGUGGCUGCAAAAUCCUUUCCAUAUCUCCAUCCUUUUAUUCCUGUCGGUGUUAUGCUGCCCAAGCUAGACGUG